GAUUAAGCAAAGGGCGGAACCUCCAGUAAUUGGUGGUAUUAUAAAGCAGCAAUCCUCCGACGCAUGGUACGACUAUAAUUUCUCCUAAAGAAGGACUAGCUUCUUGAGAUAAAAAAAUUAUCUCAAAGAGCGAUGGCACAACCAGCUCCCAAUAUCACCAAAAAGUUGGAAGGCAAAGUUGCCAUCAUAACAGGCGGUGCCCGUGGCAUAGGCGAGGCAACUGCUCGACUUUUUGCCAACCAUGGUGCCAGAGUUGUGAUCGCUGACAUCCAAGAUGAAGAGGGCCAAACCGUGGCCGAAUCAAUUGGCUCAGAAACCUGCAGCUAUGUCCAUUGCGAUGUAGCUGAUGAAGAGCAGGUCAAGAAACUGGUCGAUUCAACCAUCCAUGCCUAUGGCCAACUAGAUAUCAUGUUCAGCAACGCAGGAGUAUUUAGCAAGUCAAAACAAUUGGUGAUCGAUCUUGACUUUGCAGGACUUGAUCGAAUCAUGGCCAUCAACGUACGAGGCACGGCGGCAUGUGUAAAACACGCAGCGAAAGCGAUGGUGGAAAGGGGAGUAAAGGGUAGCAUAGUGUGCACGGCGAGUUUAGCAGCCACCACGGGUGGAGAGAGUUGGACUGAUUAUUACAUGUCAAAACAUGCUAUGUUGGGGCUGAUGAGAUGUGCUAGCAAGCAGCUGGGGCCACAUGGGAUUAGGGUCAACGCUGUUUCACCAUUUGCUGUUGCUACACCGCUAACGUGCAGCUCGUUUCAGAUGGAUGCUGAGGAAUUUGAGAAGUUGAAUCAGCCUCUUUCUUGCUUAAAAGGAACUGUAUUGAAAGUUAAUCAUAUUGCUGAUGCUGCUUUAUUCCUUGCCUCUGAUGAUUCUGCAUUUAUCACAGGGCAUAAUCUGGUGGUUGACGGCGGAUGUACGGUUUGAUUAUCGAUUAUCAUCGCAACAGAAGUUCGUACUUUUUUUUUUUUUUUUUGUUAAUUUGUUUCAAUGGGUGUUUGAAGGUUUCAAAUUAUUGCAUCCACAGCAGAAGUUAAGAAUUUUAAACUAGAAUAAAUACUUAUAUCGGACAGAAAUAUGUGUCUAAGAUGCUGUUGUUUUGAAUUUGUCGAAUUCUGUCAACAUAAAAUAAGACGACCUAUUUAAUUUA